CAUUUUGUUUAUAAACCGUGUGCUGUGCGGAUGUGCGUCGCUGCGUCGAGUCAAAUCGCCCGCUAAACACGCUACGAAGCACGAACUUUAGGUUUACCGCUCGUCGGUCCGUUCCAACUCCGCGAAGGCUGCCGCCCGCCACCCACAGGCUCUGUUCCCCGUCUUGGAAAAUAAAAGAAAAAUAUAAAAGCGAAGAAAAGCCGAAAGAAAAGCGCGCGCGGCAAGUGAAGCGCACAGGUUAACCUGUGUACGUGUGUGUGUGUGGGAUAUGCCCGUGCGUAUGGGUGAUAUACAGUGUUUAUUUGUGUGAUUUCUUUUGCUUGCUGGCCAAUUGUGGGGCCUAAUUGAAUGCUUGUCUCAUAUGGGUUAAAAGAACCCAACAACAAGAACAACAACAACAGCCGACUCGAGUGUUUCGCAACGCCAUAAAAAAACAUAUAUAUACAGAUAUAUAUAUUGGAAAAAUAAAGAAGAGAAACACCAAAAGCAACACAAAUACAUAUAAACAGGCGCACAUAUCGACGAGCAGCAGAGAAGAGAAGCUAAGCCAGAAAUCAUACAUAUAUAUAUAUACACAAAUAUAUAUAUAUAUAUAUAGAUAUAGAUAUAGCAUAUAAAAACCAGUUUGGAGCCGCAGUAGCAGCGCAGUCGCAGCGUUUUAGCCGAGGAUCUAAAGACUGGCUUUGGAUUACACAAACGUGUACUACAAAAUAAUACAUACCACGAAAUAUAAUUAAAAGAACUUUGCCGCCUAAGCGAACUUCGAACGAAUCACAGCCACAAUAAACAAAUAAAUAAAUUAUUUGAGGCAGUCAAGCAAUUAAAGAGAGCGAUGCCACCCACCGAACUGAGGAGACUGGCCCUGGCCGUGGUUGUUGCCACCUUAAGCCUGGCACUUGGCAGCGGAGGAGUCCUGGGCGACACCUCGUCCAGCUGUGGACCCAAUUUUCCGGCAGCAUGCAGCUGCGGCAAGGAGAUGUACGAAACUGAGAUGCAAUAUGUGGUGAACUGCACAAAUGCCGGUCUGCAUAACACCAGUGUCCUGGAGUUCAUGCCCGAACAGGUGGAGGUGCUGAUCUUCACCGGCAACCGAAUUACCGAGCUGCCCUGGAACGUAUUUGGCAGCAUCAAUGACUACAAGCAGUUGCGCAUUGUGGACAUGAGCAAUAACCACAUCAGGGAGAUACGUGGCAAAAGCUAUCACCAUGUGCCGCGUGUGGAGCGCCUGAUCCUGAAUCAUAACAAUUUGAGCAUUUCGCGUUAUGACGACGAGGUCAACCACCAUCAUCCGCGCGUCUUCUCGAACUUUGUGAACCUGCAGAGCCUGCAUCUCACCGAUGCCUUCGAGGACAAUAGCUCGCCGCAGCUGAGCGAGGAUCUGCACGAUAUCUUUGUGAACAGCCAGCUGGUGAAGCUGCAGAAGCUCCAUUUGGAGCAGAAUGAGAUCACGCACUUCAAGGAUCGCAAUGUCUUCUGUGAUCUGCCAUCGCUGCGGGACCUCCAUCUGGGCGACAACGAACUGCGUGACCUAAACUUUGAGGUUCGGUGUCUGAACAACCUGCGAUUCCUCGAUCUCGAACGCAACAAGUUCGGCUUCGUGAAGCCCACCGAUCUGCGUGUGCUCAACGAGCUGGAGGAUCGCCCCAAUCGCACGGCCAAUCUAAUCGUAGACUUUAAUCUUAAUCCCUUUGUCUGCGAUUGCCGCAUUGCCCCCUUCCGCACGUGGAUCCCGCUUACCCGGGUCACUGUCCGCAACAAGGACAGCCUCAUGUGUUUCCACUCCCCAGGACGUGUGGAUUCCUCGCCCGCCCACCUGCUCCAGCUGGAUAUGGGCCAGUGUGCGGAUGCCAUGGCUGCUGCUGCCACUAUCCUGAAUGCCGCCGAGGAUGAGCAGCGCUAUGGCGGAGCGGAAGCGUCGCCGCAUUCUCAGGCACACCUCAAUGGACACACGGCCACGCUGAUCUUCCUGCUGAUUGUCCUUAGCAUGAUCCUGCUGGGUCUGCUGGUGGCGCUCGUCUAUGUUAGCCGGGACAAGUUGAAGUACAUGAUCACGCCGGUGUUUGACAAUGUGGCCAAGAAGGUGCAGUACACAUCGAUCAAGGACGAGGAUUGCCCGGAGGUGCAUGUCUAGGGAGAGUGCAGCAGGACUUCAUACACAAAAUCAUCCAGACAGAGGGGGAGAAGAGAGGCUAAGGGCACGGUUUCCGAUUGAAAUUAUAUUUAUACAAAGUACUUAAGACUAUAAUCCGACCAAGGAUCUAUAUAAUCCUUUCUUAUUUAAAACUAAAAAAGGCUUCAACUUAAUUUCAGUUAUGUAGCUGAAACGUAGCAAUGGUUAUUUGCCUUUUGAAAUACUUAAAUCAAACCGGAAGCCGCGCCCUUAAGCUUAGAUUCGAUUUUGCCAUUCGCGUUAUGCAAAACGUGUGCCAUUCACAGCGGUGGGGAAGGUAGAAGUGGAAAAGAGAAGAAAGAGGGAUAGUGGAAACAAUUGGAUCACAUACAAUUACUAAAGUCCCAAAACCCGAAUCAGGACUCCAGCCUCCUUGUUUCGUAGUACUUAAGCCAAUUGUUGCAUUUAAUAACUGAGAUGGAAUGCGACCAAACACACACCCUUACAGACAACACACAAUUUCGUUAGUUUUAGCGGUUUUCUAACCUAACCUUAAGUCAGUUAUGCGUUCUAUGAUUUCCACACAAAAGGAAUCAUACAAGGAGGGAGGACUAAAAAGAAGUCCUGUAAUAAACACACACACACUCACCACAUAUAUAGUGACAUAUAUAUACAUAUAUAUAUAGAAACAGACACUUAUAUAUACAUGCAUAUAUCGUAACAAACACUUUAGUGUUAUCUGUGAUUUAAGUUUAGUAGCUUUACUUUGUUGAAACUCUGCAGAAACGAACAUUUGAAAUUGAUAAAAAUCGGAAAUGAACAAAUGAAACAAAAUGUAAACUUCAACUUCAACUCUUUUUAUAUAGCCUAUAAAACAGAUAAUUCUACACUUAAUGGAUAUGUAAUGUAAAAUGUUUCCAUGCUUAAUAUGUUAUUAAUCAAUUAAUUUGUCAAUUAUAACUAGCUAUACGAUGAUUUCUCCCCAUUGAUUUUACCACCAUU